GCAAAAAAGCGCGGGAGCGACCCUGAAGGUUAUUGCGAGCUACGCGGGCUUUCUGGACGGCAGUGUACCCCCAGAGCUACUGCGCGCGGCAUGGCGGAUGACCCAGCGCCUCUCAGCCCGGAGCGCAACACGGACGCUCAAUUAGCAGCGGCAGACGACGACACGCUUGCCGCCAUUUGGCUGGGCGACGAUGUCCCCAGGGCUCGAGAGGAACUUCCAGCUAUCGCUGCUCCUCAAGUGUCGGAGAGUGAUGGCCCUGCGGUUGUACAAACAGUUGAAGAACACAAGAGCGACGAACCAGCAGAUAGCGAGCAGGAACGCGUACCGCCGCCAGUGGACGAGAGUGAGGUUUAUUUCCUCAUCGCGGACUUCCUCAAGCGCCGGUCUGUAUGCCUCAAGGCCGCCGACGUGCUGAUCCAGGAGCUGGCUGAGCAUCAGCUACUUAAGGGCGGCGUAGACUGGACUGGUAAACCGCGAGCGGCCGCAUACGAGGACUAUAGACUUCGACAUCGCGAUAUCUCGUCCAGCCACUUGGUGCAGCUGCUACAAGGUGCAUCGGCGUCAUUUCCGAGACUUAAUGGUAAGAAGGAGGUGGACGAUAAGGUCAAGGACGCGCCGAUCGAGGAGAACCGCAGCUUAUUACUCAAAGCCAGAGUGAAGACGCAGCUCCAGUUGUCAGUUGAAGAGAGGAAGAAACUCGCUAAGGAAAUAGUGAAUCAGCUUUUAAAGGUGCGAGCUGUACUGAAGACAUUGAGAGUCGUGGAGAAGGUGAUUAGGAAGUACGAGAGGUAUCACAAGUACAUGACGGCCAGUCGAGUGGAGGAGUUGCCUCCGGAGUUGCAGUUGAUGCUCACAGGAGACAGGAAGACAGACGCGGGGACAGAUAAAGUGACGACGCUGGCCGCAGAUGUGCGAGCGUUGAAGCAGCUUUUUCAGUUGCGACAGGAGCGAGCAGAAGUGGAGAAACAGGUUGAAAUGUUGAUGCAGCGUGCCAAACAGUCGGGAUUGUUUCAGACUACAGCGCGAACAGGACGUAACCAGGCUUCAUUGCUGCGACGGAGAGAGAUUCGCUGGCAACACGACACACAGCUCCCUCCUGCGUACGUGUACAGCAGGAUCCGGCGCUUGAAAACUCUUAGCGGACACUUACAGAUUCAGGCAUACUGUCUUGCGUACGAUAAGCUGGGCAAGGUUGUCAUUACCGGAUCUGAUGAUAGGUUAGUGAAGAUCUGGUCGCUACGGACAGGAGAUCUGCUGUUUACGCUGCGAGGACAUGUCGGUAAUAUCACGGAUCUGGCAGUGAAUCACUCGAACACGCUGCUAGCCUCGUCGUCAGACGAUAAGACAGUUCGAGUGUGGGAGAUUAGUACGGGCGCUCCAGUCGCAGUCCUGGUGGGUCAUUCUAGUGUCGUGAAUGCAGUUCGGUUCCACCCGAAGAAGAAUAUUAUCGUCACGGCCUCGGACGACGGGCGCUGUUUCUGCUACAAAGUGCCGGAGAUUCCGCUCAUGGACCAGCCCGAGACGAAAAUCGAGACUGCGCGGAGAUUAUAUUCGCUGAAUGCGUAUAUGCUGAGUUUGCAUCCCAUUUACUCAAUGAAGCACGCUCGUCGCGAAGGAGUGCGGUCGUGCAAGGUACACUGCGUUACGUUUAGUCGAUGUGGAGAUUUUGUGGCGUCUGGAGGUCACGAUGGAAUUGCGCGUGUGUGGGAUUUAUCGAUGGUUUCAGCUCCAGAUGCGCCUGCCGUUGUGCCACGAUAUCAACCUACUGAUGAACCACAGGAAGCAAGAGCACCGGAGCAGCAAUUAGGAGGGAAUGGACCGCAAAUUCCUCCCGUUACAGUCCCCGUCAUUCCAGCUCCUGUUGCUCAAGCCUUGAACCCGGCACUCGGAAAUUUGCAGACUCCUUUGGUGCAGCAAACGAUGAGUCAGGUUGAUGGUGUGGCCGCAUCAGUCAUAGGUGAGCCUUUCCGGGCUGUGGCUCCACCUCAACCGCUGGAUCCUGUCCAGCCAUUCCAACCCCAAGCUCAGCUACAGGCACCUGGUCCAUUACCACUGCAAGUGCCAGCUCAAACGCUGGUUCCUGAUCAACAACUGUUACUGCCUCAAGAACCGUUGCUACUUCGACCCCAGGCACCAUUGCAACCUCAGACUGGUCCGGAUGUGCCGCUUCCUACAGUUGCGGAGGCGCUGCAGCGCGAGACGGCUCCACGACCAACACAGCCUCCACAGGUGCAGAACGACCUACCGUCGUUAUCUCUCUCAGACGAUGCUGUGCCUAGCAUUGAGCCUAUUGCAUUGCUGAAGGGACAUAAAGGCCCAGUUUCGAGCAUUGCCUACAACCAUCGGGGCGACCGAAUUGUAACUGCGUCGAUCAAGGACAGCACGGCGCGUGUUUGGAAGUGGAAACGCAAGUACAAAAGCUUGUUUGGUGCUGUUUUGCUGGCAAAGGAGUCGUCAGCGGAGUACGACGAGAUCUCUGCUAUGUACGGCGUUCGCGGGCGGAAAAAACCUACUCCUGUUGUGGACAUGGUGGCGUGGACGCACGACGACAAGCGACUUAUCACUCUUCACAGUGUUAAGCUUAACUCUGAGUCCGCAGAUCCAACGUGGGAGCAGAGGAUACGAAUCUGGGAUCCGGAAAGCGGGAAGCUGCUGAUGACGUUAGGUGCGAUAGACAAGGAGAAGAAGAACGGGCACGUGAAUGCAGCGUUUGCGCUGAGUACACACCCGACAGAUUGGCGUAUCGUAGUUACAGCAGGGUACGAUGGCCGUGUCUUCUUGUGGGAUAUCUCGUCAGGUCGAAUGCUCAAGUCCUUCACGAAUUUGUCGCCUGAUUCGAAGCCUCUUUCCAACCUUGAUGGCGGGUUUACACCAGACGGUAGUGGGUUUUGCUUCACGGAUCAAAUCGGUCGACUGCUUAUCUUUGGGACAGGAACCGGGGAGCAAUACGCGGCGACUCCUGUGCAGCAAUACUUCUUGCAUGAUUAUGUCAUGCUAGUGACCGAUGGACACUACAACGUGCGGGACAGGGAAACUCAAGAGCUACCGAGUUUGAUGGACUCUGGUCCUCUGAUGGAUGCAUCUUUGGUUCAGUAUCCACACCAGCCACCGCAUCUGCUGCCCGACAAAUUAUUCACCUCGGAAGAGUACGCGGAGAAUCGACGACUGCGAAUCCAGCAGAGUAAGGAGUCGGAAAUUCAGUGUGGAGUGCAUCACUUGCCUGAAGCUGAGGAGGACAUCCAGUCAUUCCCUCUUGCUAUUGUGAAGAGCGAGGAGAAGAAGUCUUCGCAGGGACAAACAAGCUUUGCCGCUGACGCUAUGGCGCUAGCUAGAGCUUCUUACAGAUUGAACGGUGCCCCAGUGAUGCUGUCAGAGCUGCGACGUCGGGGCUCUGGAUCCAGGAGAUACGCAGAUCACCGGCGGCGUCGUGAAAGACCUGCUGAAGAGCGAGAUACAUCAGUGCUCGAGCUUGAAAUUUCCAGUGAGGAUGAUCGUAGUGACGAAGACUUCCAGGUACCAACACCGCGUCAUGCUGCCGAGGAGGAAGAGGACGAAGAGGAUGAAGACGAGGAAGAACUUGAUCUGGACGAAGAUGAUCUACUCAGCGAUAAUGAGGAGGCAGUGAUAUAUCCUGCUAAUUCCAGACGGAGACGACUUCGUAGUACGCCAGCCCGGGGCGGUCGGAGAUUGCAGUCAGAAAGUGAAGAGGAACAAGAAGACGCUCCUCGCCAAUUGCGAACCCGAAGAAAUGCAGCCAGACGUUCAAGACUGGUGUUGGACAGUGACGCAGAAGAGGAAGGCGAGAUACCUGGGGACGAGCAGAGUGAUGCUGGUGGUGAGAGGGAAGCUAGAAAUCGUGAUGAUAGUGCUGAAGUGGUGGUGGAGUCAAACGAUGGUGUUAUCAUGGGUGAUAAUCAGCGCGAUCGAUUCGAUGAUAGCAUGUCGUAUACCCAAAUGCUUGAAGCGAAACGAGCUCAGCUGGGAGCGGCGCCAAUUCCAGCCGAAAACACUGACGACGCACUGAUUCCGUGUGCUUUUUGUGGUGUCGGAAAUGACGAUGGGAUGCUUAAAUUACCUGGAGACGGCAUGGGCGUCCACCCGUUGAUUUUUGGUGUUCAAAGGGUUUUCGUGCAUGAUCAAUGCGCGAUUGCCUCUCCGUUGUGUUUCAACCGGGAUGGGAAUUGGUAUAACGUGACCAGGGAGAUUCGUCGUGGACGCUCCUUAUCCUGCGUUGCGUGCACUAAACGUGGAGCAACGAUUGGUUGUACAAUCAGUGCAUGUCGUAACUCUUACCACUGGAAGUGUGCGAUUAACUUGGGUUGGUCUGUAGAUCAGAUGCAUUUCUUCUGUCCAGCCCAUCAAUCCCGACCUUUGCAAAGAAAUCGACACGAGGAAACGUGCCAAAGCGCUGCGGAAGACGGAGGGGCGAUCAUCGAGCCUGCUUCUAAGCGCUUCGGUCUCAAAUUCCACCGCGAGUGGUUGCAACUGGUCAGUCUGCGGUCGAUUCAUCAGUAUGUCCCGCAAGUGGGUGACUACGUGGUCUACUUACCGGAAGGACAUCCUGGAUAUCUACACUAUGGAGGUAUGCCGCAUCCGAGAUAUUACGAGCGGUUGUCAAAGUUUUAUGCUGUCAAGUGUCGUGUGGUGGAUAUAAAAUAUGUCUUCCCCACCGCGGAAGAGCACGCGAGAUGCAGUAUAAUUAAGUGUGAAUUAUUGCUCGCGGUGCUCGCUGUACCAACGUCCGCUGUACGUUCUUCCGGAGAGAACGAGGAGCAGAAACAAGAAGAGGAGACAAAGGAAGAUGUGGCUGACACUGCGGGUUUGUUCAAUCCAGAGUCAUCCCCUUUUGCUGAAUUCACGAGCGUUGAUGAAGCGCUGACUCCUGCAGCAAGUGAGCCGUCCACACGCUUCAACUUCAAGGUCCUGUACCACUCGAACGACGUUGCGAACUUCCUUGUGCUUGAUCACAUCUACGAGAGUGGUGUAUGUGGCAACUGGCGCGUGGGAGAUCGUGUUCAGAUGCCAUAUGUGCAGCUGAACGAUCACGGACUUGAGGAAGAAGCGAAGAUGUCGUACGGAACAGUUGACAGCAUUCUUAGGAAGCCAUUUGCAACAAGUAACUCCGGAGAAAUCACGCCAUGGGAGUGUGUCAAGAUUAAUUGGGACGCUCCAGACGACGAGAUAUGUGCUGUGUGUCCAUGGGAGCUCGAGGCAGCGUCACCAGAGGAGCGACGUGAGAAGCGUGUGCUUUCUCUUCGUAGACGUUCGACUCGGCUUUUCUUCUCGCGAUAUAUUAUCGGUGAGAAAUGCGAGGCACUCUUACAAGAAAUGGACCAAGUGUUGACGCUGUCGAUUUCACGGGACUUCAUGUAUCCUGUGGACGAAGAUACGUUCAUGGACUACUCGACCAUGGUUGCCAACCCGAUUGAUUUGACCAAGAUCCAGCAGAGAUUGCGGCUCGGCUACUACCGUCAAGUGGAGGCGUUCUUAGCUGAUGUCAAACUAUUGAGCGUCAAUUGCGAGACGUACAACAUUCCGUCGAGUGCGAUCUCUCAAAACUCGCGAAACCUGGUCUCUGCUGUCUUGACGCAAGCACAACGUCACUUCCCGCACCUUUUGAACCGUCGAGAGGCUGAUGGAGAGCGAGCCAGUAUGAGCUACUCAUACCCUCCCGAUGACUUUUUGACGAAUUUCAGUGAAGAUCCGGAGGAAACGCAGUUGGCGCUGCUGGAGGUUGAGUUGUUGAUCCCGACAUCAGUGGAUACUAGUAGCAACGCCAGUGCUGUUGCUGGUCAGGUUGACGCUGCUCCAGCCGUGGCUGCUCCUGCUUCCAGUGACGUGCAGGAGACUUCGCCGCUAAGGAGAUCUCGUCGUCACACGCGCAGUAAUGAGACUGCAGACAAUGUUGCAGCUGAAGAAAAGGUGGAUCACGUCGUGGAAGAGCAAAUCGAAACAACAGUUAAUACCGCGCCCAGCCAAGCUCAGUCGACGAGUAAUGGAGUGGAUACUGCUGUGUUUAAUAGUCCCAGACAACUUCUGAAGCGAGAGGUACCAGAGCCGCAACUUCUGUCACCUCGUACGCGUCGCGCAACUCGAGUAGUUACGACUCCAUCAACAAAUAAUGGAGGCUCUGCACGGAAGCGACAACGCAGAAGCGCUGAUCAAGAACUCUUGACGUAUUCAGCGCUUAUGGAUAAAUACUCUGUCAAGAAUCGCGAACUAAUUGAGCGCGCGUGCAAAGAAGACCUGAGAUCCGUUCUCAUGAUUUUCCACGAGGCUCUCACAGAAACCGAUAAGGAGGACAUCUUCGCCGCCCCUGUGACGGACGACUUCGCCCCACGCUAUUCGGAGAUUAUCCCGCGUCCAAUGGACUUUGGCACGAUAAACGACAAACUGUACAAGUACAGAAGCUUCCGCGACUAUUUUGCUCACGUUGAACUGGUAUUCUCGAAUGCCAUCACGUACAAUGGUUGGCACAGCUUCAUCGGUGGACUGGUAGAGGACUUGCAGAAGUACUGUGUCAAGUUCCUACUGGACGCGGCGGGUGCGAACCUCCGAGGGAUGAAGAAUCCUUCCACGAAGAAGGCGGCGCGGUCAACGGACAAGACAUCGACCUCGAAGUUACCCGGGAAACAGCGUGCUCGCCAGAAACCUGCAGCUGUUUCUGAGGACGAGGAAGAUAGCUGGUCCAGCAGUUCUUCAGAAAGCGAGGAGGAUGACGAUGAAGAGGAAGACGAGAGCCUCACUGAUGAAUCGGAUUAUGAUGUCGGAAGGAAACGUCGACUACGGCGACCAGCUCCUAAGAGCAAGAAGAAGGCCAAACGGCGCUACUAAAGAACAACGGAUCACUGCUAACCUAGCAGAAUGAAUCAUAAACCUGAUGCACGUAGUGAGUAUUGCGAAGCAAGAGUAGAGUGAUGCAAGCUUUGGAAACAAGACAUGGACUAUUAACCGCACUUCUGAGUUCUAUGUAAACGAGAUCGAUGCAUGUGCAUCAGACAGCGUUUGGGUAAAGGAGAGCUAGCCUACAACAGCCGCACACCUUCCGUGAUCUUCUCCGUCAUCUCGUUAUUGUGCGCAUCCAUCUUCUCGAUAAUACGCGUAGCAAUGAGUUGCAGCGCGCGCAGGUCGGAGCCCUUGACUUUCUUGCGAGCCUUUGUGUCGGCGAUACAGAUCGCGCCCACUACCACACCCGAGUCCUUCAUGUAGAUCGGGACACCCAAGAAGAACUGCACGUGCAUUGACAGCGCGACGGGGUUCUUGGCAAAGCGGAUAUCCUUACGGCAGUCCAGCACCACCAGCGGCUCGUGCGACAUAAUAGCAUGGGCAUCCACACCGAUAUCACGCGGUACCUGGUCGCCCACCAGACCGAUCGUGGUCACGAACAAACUCGUCGACUUGGUCACAACAGACAGAGCCGCCACGGGACAGUUGACGGUCGUACGCGCCAAGUCCAGCAGAUCGCGGAGGACAGUGUUAGCGAAAUCCUGCGAUAGGUUCAGUCGCUGAAUGAUCUGAACGCGCUCCUUCUCCGUCGGGGUCAACGGGGCAUCGGGCCAUGGGUUGCCCUUCGUAAACGUUAGUUCGUAGUCGAACGGCGAGUUGGCGUACACGUCGCCGUCGUCCUCUCCACCUUGGCUGAUCCCGCUACUGGACGUGUUGCUCGGACUUUGAGGCAGGUUCGCCGCCAGCGUCGGCUCGAUCGUGAAGCCGGCUAGAGCUUCCUCCAGCGUCACGUGAGCGGCACUGCCGAAGCACUCGCCGUCGCUGCCACGGCUCGACGUCGCUCCAUCACUGGCGCUAGACCUGGUAACUCCACCGCGACUAUCGUACGUGCUGGAUGCUCCGUGAGCUCCGUUUUGGUCGCCGUUCAAGCACGCCAUGCACACGCGCGUACUUCCUGAGAACUUGGAGCGCUGGCUGUCCUUGCGGAUAGCUGAGCACUUGGAGCACACUGCAGCACCGCAGAUACGGCAGUGAUGCGCACGGCGCGUGAACAUAGAGAAGUUGCCGCCGCAUACGGAGCACGUAUCGCGAAAGUGCCAGCUCCGACGGUCACGGAGCUGGUUGCGACGGAUACGGCGGUUCACGAUAGCACUGGGCACAAGACGCACGCACCCGGCAAGACGGAGCAGCCACGCGCGGUCCUGUUCCAGCGAAGGCGCACGGUACGGGGCCGUGAUGAAGAACGACACACGCGUGGUGACUGAGCUCUUGUCUUCGGACGCCUCCACUACAAAGCCACAUUUGUGCAGCGGCUGGCGUUGCAUGUGCGUCUGUGAGAAGAUGGGCCCGCAUCGGGGCAGCUCGAGCGACUCCAUGACCGACACGCCGUAAGACGCGCCGCCUCCGAGCGGGUUGUUGCCGCCGUUGCCGUUGCUAAAGGUUUGGUUAAACCGCAUGAAGAAGAACUCUCGCAGCGGGGCCUGUGGAUGCACGUCGUUCAGCGCAAGCCAUUGUACCAUGAGUGACGAUGACGUGGGCAUGGACCCGCGUGGGGUCUGAGGCGUAGCCGGCGUAUUCGGCUCGGGCGCCGGUUCGGGCGCGUUCCCGGCAUCUGCGCUCACCUCCGUGUAGUGCAGUGCCUGUCCGGCUGCGUACUGCGCGCCUAGGAAGUCCUGUAGGAAUGCGUCGACCUCGGUGGCGGUUCGGCCUGAGAGUAGAGCGAGCACCUCGUCGCACGUGGUGUUUUGCAGACGGACGACGCCUUUCAUGACCAGCAGGUCGUCCUGCGUGUCGUGCAUCUCAUAGACCGUGAAGUUCUCCUUCUGCUGGCGCAGUACAGCGUUGGCUGCCACAGAGCCAGCCACGCCUUGGUCGUCGUCCGUUAUCCAGCGGAUAAGCUGGUUAGCACGGCGCUCACCGAUGGCCGCCAGCUCCUUAACGCGCUCCUUGGUCAUGGCGCGCGGCACUUCAUACUGACGCGCCACCUGCUCGGCAAAGGCGCGCGAGCCGCCGGAACCGCCCGAGGACGCGCCGACGUUCUUGCCGCCCGUGGAGCUGUUGUUCCUGCGAAACAUCGACACAGAGACAGCGAGAUGGUGGAAACCGGACUGACCGAGAGGGAGCAAGUGCUCGUGACUGUCGGAGAGCUACUGCCGAUUUGCAUUCCAGUGCCGAAUACUGUCAUAAUCGAUCAAACUGAAUUUGAAGAUAUUUAUAGAAAUAUAUAGGAAGUUGUAAAAGUAGAGGUAGAUACAGUAGAAACGGCAUUUUAUUCGCUAGUAUUCUGCACGUAUAUUGAGUUAGGAAGGCA